UUGGAGAUUGCGUAAAUCUUCAAAGGAUUAGUUUAAAGAAUUGAGGUUAUAUUAUAUGUUUAGGAUUUCAGGAGGUCGUAAAUAAAAAUAUGGGAAAGACAUCAAAAGAUAAAAGAGAUAUUUAUUAUCGGUUAGCUAAAGAACAAGGCUGGCGUGCACGUAGUGCUUUUAAACUUUUGCAAAUCGAUCAACAACAUGACAUUUUUAAGGGUGUAACUAAAGCUGUCGAUUUAUGUGCUGCCCCAGGUAGUUGGAGUCAAGUUUUAAGUAAAAAGUUACGAGAUCCAACAGUUUAUGAUGCCAAACACAUUGAAAAUGUGAAAAUUGUAGCUGUUGAUUUACAAGCUAUGGCAGCUUUACCUGGUGUGAUACAAAUACAGGGAGAUAUCACAAAAUUAAGUACAGCCGAACAAAUUAUCCAGCACUUUGAAGGGGAAUAUGCUCAAUUAGUUGUGUGUGAUGGUGCUCCAGACGUGACGGGAUUACAUGACUUGGAUGAAUAUGUACAAUCUCAGUUGGUUUUAGCAGCUUUACACAUUGCAACUAAUGUUUUAAAAGUUGGAGGGACAUUUAUUGCGAAAAUAUUUCGAGGAAAGGAUGUAUCACUGUUAACUGCUCAAUUACAUUUAUUAUUUGAAUAUGUUUCGAUAAAUAAACCUAAAAGUUCCAGAAACUCCAGUUUAGAAUCAUUUGUUGUUUGUAAAAAUUAUAAACCACCUGAAGGAUUUGAUCCAAAAGCAUUUACACCAUAUUUGAAUCAAAAAUAUUCCGAUUUUAAUGAAUUAGUUGGAGUUAAUCGAUUUAUUGUUCCAUUUAUUGUUUGUGGUGAUUUGAGUGCCUACGAUUCUGAUAUGACCUAUGCUUUACAGGUUGAUGGCUUGUCAGAUUAUGUGUUUCAUGAGCCUGUACAAAAGCCUAUUGAUCCUCCGUAUGCAGUGGCCAAAGAUUUAAAAAAUGCAAUUCACAAAAAGACUGUGGUAGAAAAUUUAGAAGAAACGGCAAAAAGUACAGAGGAUGAAAUUACUGAGCAAAUGAAUCUUAUAGAUAUAUGAAUUUUGUGUAUAUUUUAAUUUAAUUUAAUUUUAAA